AUUCGAAAUUAUGAGUGUUUUCAGAUGCCUCUAGCAGGAGAACGAGUCCUCACAAUUGUUUCGGGAGCUUCCCGAGGCAUUGGUAGGGAAAUUGCUGUACAGAUGUCAAAGCGGGUAGCAUCAGAUUCAGUUUUUCUUCUUACUGCUCGCAAGGAGGCCACGUUAGUGCAGAUAAAGCAAGAAAUUUUAAGCAGCUUACCAAAAGCCCGAGUUUGGAUUGUUGUCUGCGAUAUGGGUUCUUUCAAUGACGAUGCAAUAAAUACCUUCAAAGAGGUACUAGGAGAAAUUAAAGAUACAGGAUCUUUCGAUAGCGCUUAUGUGUUCCACAACUGUGGGACUGUUGGCGAUGUUACCAAAAAAAGCACCGAAUUGAGUAAUCCGGACCAAUGGCGACAGUUUUUGAACAUUAAUCUUGUAUCUAUGAUACAAUUCAAUAAUUUGAUACUAGAAUCUAUUACUAAAGAGAUUGUCAAAACACGAGUUAUUGUCAAUAUCACUUCUUUACUAGCCUUGCAAGCAUUUCCGUCAUUAACACAGUACUCAGUAGGAAAAGCAGCUCGAGAAGCAUAUUUUCGUGGGCUGGCGGUAGAAGACGAUUCCGUAAAAGUAUUUAAUUAUUCUCCUGGACCUGUCGAUACUGAUAUGCAUGACGUCAUCGCUAAGGAAUCAUUUGAUGAAGGAAUUCGGCAGGCGUUUGCACAAACCCAACCAUCGGACAAUGAAAUUCACAAAUCAAAGUUAACCCCUACGCAAACUGUUGUUAAGAUGCUGAGAUAUCUUGAAGACGACAAGUUCCGAUCUGGAGCGAGAAUUGAUUAUUUCGAUGAAGAAAAGUAA